AUGUCUCCGGAGAACACUGCCCUCCCGGCGCCAAUGUCGACGGACGAAAUCAACAAGAAGAAGAAGGCGGCCAACAGGCUGGUCGUCGACGAGCCACCCACCGCAGGCGCACACGACAACACCAGCGUCUUCCUCCACCCAUCCACCAUGGAGCAACUCGACAUCUUCCACGGCGACACAAUUCUGAUCAAGGGCAAGCGCCGCCGCGACACCGUCUGCGUCGCCCUCUCCGACCCCAGCUGCGACGAGCACAAGAUCCUCAUGAGCGGCGUCGUCCGCCUCAACCUCCGCGUCAAGCUCAGCGACAUGGUCACCGUCCACAGCUGCCCCGCCAUGCCGUACGGCCGCCGGAUCCACGUCCUCCCCUUCGACGACUCCGUCGAAGGGAUCACCGGUGACCUGUUCGGCGCUUACCUGAAGCCUUACUUCCAGGACAGCUUCCGCCCCGUGAGGAAGGGGGACGUCUUCCCCGUCGUCGGCGGGAUGAGGAGCGUGGACUUCAAAGUCAUGGAGACCGACCCGCCGGAGUUCUGCAUCGUCUCGCCGGAAACAGAGAUUUACUGCGACGGCGAGCCGGUGAAGAGGGAGGACGAGGAGAAGUCCGACAUCGGGUAUGAAGACAUCGGCGGUGUCAGGAAGCAGCUCGCCCUGAUCAGGGAAGCGGUGGAGCUUCCGAUGAGACACCCGGAGCUUUUCAAGGCAAUUGGAGUCAAACCGCCGAGGGGAAUUCUGCUGUACGGCCCGCCGGGGACAGGGAAAACCCUAAUCGCCAGAGCAAUCGCGAGCGAAACAGGGGCGGCGUUCUUCUGCGUGAACGGGCCGGAGAUUAUGUCGAAAAUGUCGGGGGAGAGCGAGAAGAAUCUGAGGGAUCUGUUCGAACAGGCGGAGGCGAAAGCCCCGUCGAUCAUCUUCAUGGACGAGAUCGACUCCAUCGCCCCUAAUCGCGAGAAGACGAAUGGAGAAGUCGAGCGGCGGGUCGUCGCCCAGUUGCUAACCCUAAUGGACGGGUUGAAAUCCCGGGCCAAUGUUGUAGUACUCGGGGCAACGAACCGACCCAACAGCAUCGACCCGGCCCUCCGCCGCUUCGGCAGGUUCGACCGCGAGAUCGACAUCGGCGUCCCGGACGAAACCGGCCGGCUAGAGAUCCUCCGCAUCCACACCAAAAACAUGAAACUCUCGGACGACGUCGACCUCGAGAAGGUCGCCAGAGAAACCCAGGGCCACGUGGGCGCGGAUCUGGCCGCGCUCUGCACGGAGGCGGCGCUGCAGUGCGUUAGAGAAAAGAUGGACAUAAUCGACAUCGAAGACGAAUCAAUCGACGCGGAGAUUCUCAAUUCGAUGUUUGUGACGAACCACCACUUGGCAAUCAGCUUGACGACGAGCAAUCCAUCGGCGCUGAGGGAGACGAAGGUGGAGGUCCCGAACGUGACGUGGGAUGACGUGGGCGGGCUGGAGCGGGUCAAAACGGAGCUCCAGGAAACGGUCCAGUACCCGGUGGAGCACCCGGAGAUGUUCGAGAAGUACGGCCUGUCGCCGUCGCGCGGCGUGCUGCUCUACGGCCCGCCGGGAUGCGGGAAAACACUCCUGGCGAAGGCGAUUGCGAACGAGUGCCAGGCGAAUUUCAUCUCGGUGAAAGGACCGGAGCUGCUGACGAUGUGGUUCGGCGAGAGCGAGGCGAAUGUUAGGGAUCUGUUCGAUAAAGCCCGGCAGAGCGCGCCGUGCGUGCUGUUCUUCGACGAAUUGGAUUCCAUCGCGGUUCAGCGAGGCGGGAGCCAGGGUGACGCCGGCGGGGCAGGGGACAGGGUUUUGAACCAGCUGCUGACGGAGAUGGACGGGAUGUCGGCGAAGAAGACUGUGUUUGUGAUCGGGGCGACGAACCGACCCGACAUCAUCGACCCGGCGCUGCUCCGACCGGGGAGGCUGGACCAGCUGAUCUUCAUUCCCAUCCCCGACGAGAAAUCGCGGCUGCAGAUUUUCAAAUCGUGCCUGAGGAAGUCGCCGGUGUCGCGGUGGGUGGAUCUGGAGGCGCUGGCGAGGAUGACGGCGGGGUUCAGCGGGGCGGACAUCACGGAGAUUUGCCAGAGGGCGUGCAAGUAUGCGAUCAGGGAGGAGAUUGAGAAGGACAUUGCGAGGAACGGGAUGGAGGUGGAGGAAGAAGAAGGAGUGGCGGAGGCGGAGAUUAAGGUGGAGCAUUUUGAGGAGUCGAUGAAGCACGCGAGGAAGAGCAUCAGUGUGAAGGAUAUGUUGAAAUAUCUGAGCUUUGCGAAUUCUCUGCAGCAGUCCAGAGGGUUUGGGUCGUCGGAGUUCAAGUUUAACAAGUGA